GUUGGCUAUACUGUAUGGAAUGAAUAAUGACGCGGCGCGACAAUUUUGACGCGAUACGAUCAGUAAAUUUAAAGUAUUUCUGUUUUUAACGUGAACAUUUCUUAAGAAUAUAUACUUUUUAUCAUUAACAAUAUUUGUGAGAUCAUUUUAUUUUAAAUGUCGUUUGAUGCAGGAUUACUUUUAAAUAAUGAAAUGAUAUAUGUUUCUAUGGCAUAACCUAAUAAAUGGUUUGUAUCAUGAAACAAACGAUACUGUUCUAAACAGUCAUCACCUGAAAGAAGGAAAUUAAUAAAACAUUUAUCGACGAUAUAACAUCUAUCAAUGAGAAUAUUUUCAACAAAAUGAGUGAAACGAUUGUAACAAAUGAAAUUUCUGAGAGUAACGGUGGAACAGAACAACCGACUUACAAUGGAGAAACUGAAGAACAUGCCAACAAAUCACCAGGGAGUGCAGAAGAUAAAGCACCUGAUUCAUUAUGCGAUAAUAGUGUUAAAAAAAAUACUGCCAUCAUUGGUACUGGAAAUAGUAAUGUCAAUGUUACUAAUAGAGCAAAAAAACGUAAAAAAACUCCAAGAGAUGCUACAGCUCCAAAACAACCUCUUACUGGUUACUUUAGAUUCUUAAAUGAUCGGAGAGAAAAAGUAAGAAGUGACAAUCCAACUUUAUCAUUUGCUGAGAUCACAAAACUUCUUGCUUCAGAAUGGAGUACAUUACCAGCAGAUCAAAAACAGCAAUACUUAGAUGCAGCUGAACAAGAUAAAGAACGAUAUAAUCGUGAAUUUAGUGAUUAUAAACAAACAGAGGCAUACCGUAUUUUUUCUGAGAAACAGUCUUCAGAGAAACAUACUGAAAACAAAAAAGAACGGAAUGGAACAGAUAUAAAUACUGAACAAAAUGACGUGCAACAAGACAAGGACAAUGAUUUCACAGGUUUUGAUAUUCCCAUUUUUACAGAAGAAUUUUUAGAUCACAAUAAAGCAUGUGAAGCUGAAUUAAGGCAAUUAAGAAAAGCUACAUCAGAUUAUGAAGCACAAAAUGCUGUACUACAACGACAUGUGGAUAGCUUAUAUGCAGCUGUAAAUCGUUUAGAAUCUGAAACAAAUCAACAACGUACAACAAAUCAAGCAUUACAACGCCAUUUAGAUUCUUUACGUGCACAAUUAGCAGGGUGUUUUGCAACCAUUCCUUUACCAGGUACACACGAAGGUGCAACAUUACAAAAUAUUGAUAAUUAUGUUGAAAGGCUUGAGUCAUUGUUGAGUAGUAAUACAGAACAAACAUUACGUAAUGCCGUUCGUAACGCUGUAUCUCGAUUAGAAUUAAUUGGAUGACGAUCGCCCCCCCGCGCUACAACUACACCAUUAAAACAUCAUCGUUCAAGACAUUCGCAUCGAAAAUAGCUGAAAGCAUUAUACGAACACAAAAAGUAUAUGUACUUCAGUUAAUAAUUUAGUUAUUCCUUAUAACUAAUUUACAUAUUAAAUGAAAUUACUGUAUAUUAUGUAAGAAAUAUUGUGUCGGUACUAUAGUUCACUUAUUAUUAUGGAAUCUUACAUACGAUAUUAGUCCCUUUUUUAGGUUGAUUUUCUAUCGCUAAUAUGUGUAAACAAUUAUGUUCAGGUUGUUUUAAGUUAAUUAUUUUCAUUAUUUUAACAUAAUGUAAUAAUUGCUAUAUUUGCAAAUGUAAGUUAUUAGAUUUAUCGUUUCAAAAAAAAAAAAAAAAAAAAAAAAAAAAAAAAAAAAAACAAAAAAAAGAUAUUAGAAUAAUCUAUCUUUAAAAUUGGUACAAAAUUUAAAUAGUUCUAAUUGUACUACUUACUAUUUAUUAAUAAAUUUUCAAUCUUAUUACUGCUUAUUUUCCAUGUUCCGUAUGAAAUUUUGAAAUUGGUUCCAUGUAUAUCUGAAAAAAAUACAUUUAAUAGGAAUAUAUUGAAAUAUAAAAGUCAUAUCACAAUAUAGUUUAGAAAAAAAUAUGAUUUCAAUUUUUACCUUAAAGAUGCAGCAUUAGGACGUUUAUAUUUUUCAAGAUCAAUUAUAAUAGAUUCGAUUUGUGGAAGUAAAACCUUUAUAACACCAAUCUUUAAAGAUGCAAUUGAACGCAUAAAUUCAAACAAAGACUGAGGAUAUGUUGUAAGAUACCUCUGUAUAAUAUCAGAUAAGAUGUUCAUCAAUUUUUCUCUGUAAAUAAAAAUGAAAUUUGGGGUUAUCAUUUAAUAUAACUUCAUUAUAAUUAAAUAAUAGAUUUAUACCUUAUAAAAGCAUUCUCCUUAUAAUAAUGAUUCGUGAAAAUGCUAUUCAUGAAAUCAAUAGCAUGAUGUUUAUGUGGAUGAUGAUCAUGGACUUUUAAAUAAGAAGUAAUGAUAUGAGGUACGCAAAUUGUUACAAUUAGUUCUAUUAUGUUAAUUGGAUACAUUUUACCUCCUUUUAAUAAAGUUUUCAAGAGUAAUGAUACCUACAAAAUGAAGAGUUAUGAAUAAUGUAAUUAGAUAAAAUAAUUUUAUUAAUAA